AUGGAGCUGAAGAUCUAUUUGCCCAGCGGCCGGUGUGCCACGGUCACGGUGAAGGAGGAUGCGACUGUGGCAGAGGUGCUGCGAAAAGCACAGGAUGCCUUUGGAGAUGGAUUUGUGAGGCUGCUUUCUGCUGAUGGGUGUUCCCUCGAUCCUCAGCAGCCGGUAGAGCUGCUCCAAAGUGGCGGCUCCUUGACGGCGGUCUACGUGCGCUUGCCCAAAGUGGCGGCCACGACACAAGCCUUUGCGGCCUGGUGUGAGGGUGAGGUGGUGACCACCUGGGGUCAUCCCGAUGCCGGUGGUGACAGCUGUUGGGUGACGCAUCGCCUGGUGAAUGUGACCCAAAUCGCUGCGACCCGCAGGGCUUUCGCAGCCGUGGCAGAUGGCUCGGUGGUCACCUGGGGGGCAGCCUCCUAUGGUGGAGAUUGCAGCGCAGUGCAGGAUCAACUGUUUCAGGUGCAGCGGAUUCAGGCGGCGAACAGUGCCUUCGCGGCUCUUUUGAAAGACGGCUCUGUGGUCUGUUGGGGCCACCCCUCGCACGGCGGCAACGCCUCGGCGCUGUCGGACCGCCUCCGCGGCGUCACGGCGCUGCAGGCGACGGACGGCGCCUUCGCGGCGCGCACGGCGCAGGGCCACGUGGUCACCUGGGGCGCGGCGACGCACGGGGGCGACAGCGGCGAAGUGGAGGAAAAGCUGCGGAAGGUCACGAGACACUUUGAUCACUUUUCGGAAAGUGAGGUGCUGGAGCAGUUUUUUGGUUGA